AUGGGUCACAUUGCACAUGCCCAAGACUUAGAAUCUGAUGCAGACUAUGUUAACGCACACAACAUAGCAAGAUGUAACGUUAGUACUAGGGUUUCACUUCCAAAUGUGGUUUGGGACGAUUAUCUUGGUCAUUUUGCACGUGUCUAUGCCUAUCAACGCACGGAUUGUAAAUUGAUACACUCCGGUGAUAAUAGUUUCGGCGAGAAUAUCUUUGUGAGCGAUCGUGACAUUAACGACACGGACGCGGUGAAAUUGUGGGUGAAUCAUAAACGAUAUUAUGAUUCAUCUCGUAACAAAUGUGUUGGUGGUGAAUGUCACCAAUAUACUCAAAUUGUUUGGAGAAAAUCAGUAAGUAUUGGAUGUUACAAAGUAAAAUGUAAAAAUGGAGGCACAUUUGUUAUUUGCUAUUAUGCUCCCCGUGGCAACAUUUUGGGCGAAGCGCCAUACUAA